UCCAUACUAAUUGGCUCCAAGCUGUUAUAAGUUGUUUCCUUAUUAAUGAUAUAUAUAGUAAAGGAGAGGAUAUAUAAAGGAAGUCUUUCUCCCCAAAUAUUAUUACAGCUUUAGAUCACUUUUACCUAAUAUCCUCUGAUCUAUUUACUUGAUCUAUUUGCUUGACCAAAAAUCUUUUCUUCUUUCUAUUCAAAAAUGAACAAGUCACAAUCAUCUUCCCCUGCUCAGCCACCAAUGGGUCCUAAAGAACGAGCUCUUGCGAUCAAGAAAGCCCAGGAGGAAGCCUUGGCCCAACUGCCAGUGGAUACACUCUACGUUAUCCUUUAUAUACGAUCAGAUCCUCCUCAACCAAACGAUUUCCACUGGGGUUACUACUUCCACACAAGUCCCCAGGGAGGCGUGAAACAUCAUAUAACAAACAUAGGUGGCGGAUGGAUAUCGGAUCACGGACGGACUCGUGGCGUAUUUAAGUCCAACUUUCUGUGCACUCUGGUUAGGAUCGCAACCGUUCCAAAAGCAAACCACAGUCGACUGGAUCAAAUCAUGAAAUCUCGUGAUGGAGAUCUCAAUGCAAUUCCCGGUGUGACUUGCCGGGUCUGGUUGAUGACUAUCUUGCAAACACUGAUUCAGCAUGGGAUCGUCCGUUGCAGUGACGUCGAUGCACUGCAGCAGGAGUGCAUGGAGUUUGGAAACAGAUACAGCCUUGGGGCUGCAAACAAUGACCAGCCGCGGCCGGUCGUUGAAUCAAGGCUCUGUGUUUAAAUAUGGAACAUAGCUAAAGCUCACUGUGGGGAAGAGAGGAAUUGUUUAGAUCUCUUGUGCUUGUUGUUCAUUAUCUUUGGUUAUAACCGGACAUGUCUUAUUCCCCCGAACUCCUUGAACUGUACUUACUCUGUCCUUGAAGGUCAAUGUAGUAUGCAAGAUUAUAUCUAUCUGUGACUGUUACUCGGGAUUUCUUCUGCUACGUUAUGAAUAAAAUCUAACUUGUAUAUCCCGUAUAAUGAUAGUCCUCAUCUACCUUUUUCUAGUCUGAGUUAUUAUACUUUAGCUUGGACCUGGAGACAGUUACUGUCUAU